AUGGCCCUGCAUGAGGUAACCUCAUGUUCUCUGGAGACGAAAAUAGGCCGCGCUAUCAAGUACACAGCGGAACUCCACCGCAAAGAUGGUGUAUCUGAGGAAGCCUUCAUGCAUUGGUUCACUAACCAGUUUCUUCCUCGGGCGGUUCCCAUCAUGAAGAAGCAUAAUAUCUUGAAAUACGCAGUUCAAAAGAUGGAUCCUAAAGUUGGCGUGGCAUUCCAGGCAGAGGUGCGGCCUGGCUGGAAGGUCAAUGACUGCGAUCUCGUGUUGGAGUAUUGGGUCUAUAACUUAGAGAGCAUCAAGAACCUCACGUCUGAUCCAGAAUGGAUUCAAGCGGCCCUUGGGAAUGGGAAUGACUGGCUUGAUACAUCUAAAUCUACCAUCCGUAUCGGUUGUGAUACGACAUACUUCGAGUACGGGGCUAUCGUGAACGUAGCAGGACGAAGAAGAAGAAGCAGGGUCAGCGCCAGCUUUGACUGA